AUGCAGGUUGUGAAUGGAUGUGUGGAUGGGAAAGAGAAAAUCUCGGCAUGCCGAGCUGGAUUGGGGAGUCGGGCCGGGUUGGGAGUUAUUGCUCCACAUCCAGCCAUCAAGGCAAUUGAAACGAGUGACGAGAAAAUCAAGAUUAUCAGUGGAUGGAUGGACAGUCCGUAUCCUGUAUACAGAGUAGAGAUCAAAUUGAAGGGAGGGGAGGCUGAAGGUAAACUCUUUCGGGCCAAGUUUCCCCUCAGCCGCUUUGCGCUGGUGGUCGGGGUUGGAUCCACCGCCGUGGUCUGGGUGCUUGAGAGAACCACGGGCUGGCUUUUGCUCCACGUUUUCGGGCAGAUUCGGACGUCAGAGUUUGCAGCUAAUUUGGUGACACCUAGUCAGUCUCAGCUAAGGAAUGCGACCUCUUCGACUGACAUAAAACGGAUUACAGCGGUCCGAGGGAUUCUGUUGAAUGCAACAAUCUACGGAUACCCGCGUUACGUCAUUGUUGUUGAAGCAAUGAAGAUGUCAGUGCGCACGAGACCAGGGCCAAUGCAACUUAUCCCGAACUUUAUACUGGGAUUAGUCCGCUAUUCCCCAAUGCAUACCAUCCACAUAGGACAGCUUCUACGAUAUGCCAUUGUGUAA